GUCUAUUCUUGAUCUGUUUAGAUCAUCGAAAGAAGCCUUCUCCUCUUCCCAACAAGCUUUUGUGUUACUAGAAAUCUUGAAUAUGUAAAUUAUACAAAAACGUGAUUUGCAUUUUGGUGUACUAAAAUCAAACACCUGGUUCUCUUUGGCCAUCUACCAGACCCCUGUGCGAUGAUAACUGCCUACAUACUAAACCCACCUCUACACACAUUGCUCAUUUCGAUACAAACUAGGAGAACCCUUCACUCUCAACAAGUCACCGCCUCAACAACAACCAACAACAGCAGCUGCGAUGAAACCCAGUAGAGUGUUUGCCGGGCUGUUCCUGCUGUUGGCUCUCUACUGUGGUUUAGACCCUUUUAAGCACAGUGCAAUCUCCGACUUCCCAGACUUUGUAUCCCAUGAAAUCGACAUGCCCAGUUGGUCCUCGGUUCCUACGGAGAGGGACACCCAGAAUUUGCUUCAGAAAUCGGAGAUAAGGUUCCUUAACCAAGUCCAGGGCCCUGAGAGUGUCGUGUUUGAUCCACAAGGACGUGGGCCGUAUGCUGGUGUUGCUGAUGGGAGAAUCUUGAUCUGGAAUGGCCAAGCUUGGAUUGAUUUUGCCUAUACUUCGCCUAAUAGAUCUGAGAUAUGUGAUCCAAAACCAUCACCUAUGAGUUACUUGCCAAAUGAACACAUCUGUGGAAGGCCGCUGGGCCUCCGGUUUGACAAGAAAACAGGCGAUUUAUACAUUGCGGAUGCAUAUCUUGGGCUUUUGAAAGUGGGGCCAGAAGGUGGUUUGGCAACUUCACUUACAACUGAGGCAGAAGGGGUACCAUUAAGGUUUACUAAUGAUCUUGACAUUGAUGAAGAAGGCAAUGUCUAUUUUACUGAUAGUAGCACCAAGUACCAAAGGAGGAACUUCCUUCAGUUGGUUUUCUCAGGAGAUGAUUCUGGGAGGGUUCUAAAAUACAACCCAACCACCAAGGAAACAACUGUUCUUGAAAGGAAUCUCCAAUUUCCGAAUGGUGUUUCUUUGAGCAAAGAUGGUUCCUUCUUUGUUUUUUGUGAAGGAUCUAAGGGCAGAUUACGCAAGUAUUGGUUGAAAGGUGAGAAGGCAGGGACUUCAGAAGUGUUUGCUGUGCUGUCUGGCUUUCCUGAUAAUGUCAGAACUAAUGAUAAUGGUGAAUUUUGGGUAGCACUCCACUGUCGCAGGUCCAUGUACACAUAUUUUUGUGCCUUAUUCCCAAAAAUUAGAAAAGUGAUACUCAGUCUUCCCAUUUCGGCUAAGAUUCAGUUCCUCAUUCACAUUGGGGGAUGGCCUCAUGGAGUUGUUGCCAAGUACAGCCCAGAGGGUAAGCUUUUGCAGAUUUUGGAAGAUAGUACAGGGAAGGUUGUUAAAGCUGUCAGUGAAGUGGAAGAAAAGGAUGGAAAACUAUGGAUGGGAAGUGUUUUGAUGCCCUUCAUUGCAGUCUAUGACCUACCAUAAGAAAGAGCUUGUUUUUGCACUCAUUUUUCAUCGUUCUUCAUUCUUGCUCUAGAGGUUUCUUCUUCAGAAACUUCAACCGAUCACCCCUCUUUCCCUUCCAUAUUUCCAACUUUAUAGUCAAAAACGCAAAUGUUGAGGACUGGGAUUGUCCAUGUAUCUUGGUACCUGUAGCUACAUGAAAAUGUACGCGUCCAUAAUCACUUUGUUCCAGUAUACGUGCGUUUAUAACGGCUUUGUUUCACCAUUCGUGCUCACUUGUAUCGCUUCCGAAUUUGAGAAGUAUAACAUUGUUCCAACUAAAUGAAGCAAG